GGGAGGAGUCUGAAACAAAACCAAACAACCGUCCACACCCUGCAGAGCCAGAGAGGUUCCUCCACAUUCCUGUCCAACAACACCACACUGAGAGAAAGCGAAGAGGAAGCACUGUCUGGAGACAGGAGUUUACGGAGGGCCUGACGUAGGACUGGAGAGCAGAACCACCUCAUCAUCAUCAUCAUUAGCGCCCUACUAGUCUCACCAUGAGUAAGGCAGCUGAUGAUGAAGGUGUGCCUGGUGGUCGAGGUGAACCACCAGGCACCUCGGCUCAGCAGGUGGGUGGAGAGGCUGCGGGCGGGAAGCUGCCGAGCAAACUGAGCGCCUCCUCCUUUACGCCGGGCUGGACCAAAGUCAGCUGCCCCUGCUGUGCCUCAGAGCGGGUCGAGCCGCUGGUUCGGGUGAAGCUCGGACCGAAGGUCGUCCCCGAGACGAAACGCUGGCUCAUCAAACUGAUUGGCGCUCCUCAGAAGGACGGAGGUGCAGGGUUACUGGCUCACCCAGGCGAGGACGCCACUGGUAACACCAUCAUGUUGUCUGCGCCGCGCUGUACGUUACUGCGAGCCACGGAGGAGCUGGGCUUGUGCAAGAUCUACCACAACAAUGAAAUGGAGGCCUUCGCUUACAACGACAGAGACAACUUCAGAGAUUCAGACAACAUGGAGGUGUUUCUAACGUUGGCUGAGCGACAGUACAUCAUAAAGUACGAGCUGGACGGUCUGCGGGCCCAGAAGGAGUUGAGGAUACCCGGCAUGCCCGACAGCCGUACACUGCAGAAGCGAGACAACAUCUGGCAGAAGCUAGGACAAGCAGGUGUCAUUGUAGACACAUUUCCUCUCCACAACCCGGGCAAACUAAAGGAUCUUAGUAAAUCUUGGUACUCUGGGAAUCAACUGGCUCAGCCACUGGAUAAAGUUAACGAAUAUUUUGGUAGUUCUGUGGCCUUCUACUUCAGCUUCCUUGAUUUCUACACCUGGUCUCUCCUUCCACCGGCAAUACUGGGCCUGUUCAUCGCAUAUUUCUCAAGAGAGGUUCAGCGGGAAAUGUUGCAGUCAGUCUCUGGGUCUCAGCAGCAGGAAAUCCAGGAUGAACCAGAGCCUCUCAUCAGCGGUCACAUGCUUCAGGCCGUGUUCAGCAUGCUCUGGUCCACAGUUGUCAUAGAGCUGUGGAAACGCCGCAGUUCCUCACUGUCGUACCAAUGGGGCACACUGAACCUCGCAGAACGCUUUGCAGAGCCACGGCCAGGUUUCCACGGCGACCUCGGGGUCAACCCUGUGACCGGUCGUGUGGAGCCACUGUUCCCCGAAUGGAAGAGGGACCUGCGUAUGGCGCUGGUGUCUGUCCCGGUGGUGGGGCUAUUCCUAGGACUGGUGGUUCUGGGAAUGAUGUGUUUCUACUGGGCAGAGGCCCGGGUGCAGUGGCUGCACAAAGAUUGGAACUCCAUGAUAUCUCAGACUUUCCUCUACGUGCCUUCAGUCCUCCAUAUUGUUUACACAAAUAUGCUUGCCAAUCUAUACAGGACAGUUGCCAAUUCUCUGACAGAAUAUGAGAACCACAGAGAGGAGUCUGCCUACGACAACCAUCUGACAGGCAAAAUCUUAGUGUUCACCUUCUUCAAUAACUUUGCAGUGCUCUUCCAUAUUGCCUUCUUCAAGCAGGAUGUGCCGCUGCUUCGAAAGCGUUUAGCUUCUUUGCUGAUCAUCUCUCAGCUGGUGAACCAGGUAACAGAGGUGGUCAUACCUUUCCUUGUGGACCGAUUCAUUAGCGCCCCCCACAGGACAGAGAGCGAAGACGACCCAGAAGAGGACAAAUUUCGGAACCAAGGCACCCUACCUACUUUUCCGGGACUGUUUGCAGAAUACAUUGAGCUGCUGGUGCAGUUUGGGUAUUUGAGUCUUUUCUCCUGUGUGUUUCCUUUGACUGCUGUCCUGCUGCUCCUCAACAACCUAACAGAAAUCAGAUCGGAUGCUUACAAAAUUUGCAAACUCUUCCGCAAACCCUUUUGUCCUCCUGUGGCCAGUAUGGGUGUGUGGAAGGUUGCCUUUGAGGUCUUGAGUUUUGUAUCAGUGGUGUCCAACGCUUGGCUGCUGCUGCUGUCUCCACGUCUGCAGAAGAUGAGUCAGGAGGCCGGGAUGAGCAGCAGCAACCUUCUGAUGGGGGCUGUUAUGGUGGAGCAUGUCCUGAUAUUAGUAAAGGUGAUCAUGGCAGCCCUGAUACCAGAUGAGCCUGACUGGAUCCGGAAAAAGAGGGAGCAUAUUGAAUACACAUCCAUGCAAGCCCUCAGACAGCAGAAGCUGAACGUUCAACAGUCCUAAUUUUGUUUAAAGAUUGAAGUAGUGCUCAAUGCCUCUGGAGGUAAAAUCAAAGAGGACAACAGAACUCAAGAGUGUCCUGUAUCGCCCCACAGCUGUGACUUUGCUCCAAGUGUUCUUGUUGACUUUACAAAUUCACAUAGUGCUUUUGCUAUUUAAACACGUAACAUUUUAUGCAUAAUGCAAGUGCAAUUAACAAAAGCAGCUAAAAGUGUUUCUAUUCUUAAAAAUGCAGCAAAUGGAUUGCCAUGACUGCAUUCACUGCAUAGGAGUCUUGUGAGAGACUUUACUAAGGAUACAAAUUAUACAGUUAAUAUUUAAAAAAGGGACACAGUAUUUGAAGUUACUCAUUGUGCCAAAAACAGGCAGAAUAUUUGCCUCAUUGCUGCCACCUGGUGACAAUAGGCAGUUAGUGUCCAGGAUUUAUAUCAAGAGGACAAUAUCAUUAAAAAGAAAGAGUGAGCUGACUUUAAAGCUACUUUUAGCAAUAUCUGAUGUACAUUGUCUUUACCCUGGUAUUUAAUAAUAAUAAUAAUAAUAAUAAAGUUACCAGGGAUUCCUCUAGUUAUGCUGUAAUAACUCUUGGUGCAUCUCAAUGCAAUACAUGCUCAGAAACAUUAUGACCACAAACAUUCCAUCUCUCGUAAACGUAACAAUAACAAGACCUAACAUAUGAAAUUGUAAUUUUGCAGUACUAAUAUCUGAGUGACCUAAAUACUGUUCAUACCACUUCUCACAUACUAAACCACUUAAUUUUAAUGUCCAAAAAACACUUGAAGGUUAAGGGAUUAUUUUUAUUCUGAUUCUCAUCGGACACGAAGAGUUGCAUUAUUGUGCCUAGAUACAACCUCUAAAUUGCACAUCCAAGAAUCUGACUUUCAAAUAAUAUCUUAAGAGGGUUUUAAGUACUGUCGUAGCUCUCCACACUUUUAGGAGGUAUUUUUUCCUGGAAACUUAGCUGCUAGCUGCUUUUCUAUUUAAACGCAGGUACAAUAACUUGAACAAAACAACAGAUACAUGUGUUAAAUAAAUAAAAGCAUUUUAAAAUAGUUAUCCACAUUUUUAAUAAAAGGUAUAAAAUGCUUUAAAAACUCUAAAACUGGGCAGGUACACAGGCUUCUGAAAAAAAUGUUGAGUACCUUAAAAUAUAUCAAAUACAUAAAUUAAGCCACAAACACACAUCUCACAGAACAAAACCCAUACUGCUAAUAUAUGACGGGGUUUACUUACAGAGUAUUGUCCGUGGGCUUUAUGGUCGCUUCCAAGGAGUGAAUAUUCUUCCUUCCCAAAGUCGAAACACUAAGUUACAAAUUUGUCAAAUUUCCGGCGCCAUGUUGGCUUAUGCUAGCGAACAGCUAGCUUAUCCCAGCGGCAAGCUAACAGCUAGCUGUUUUUUUAGCUGCACUUUAUAGCAUACUAAAAUAUAAAUAAAUAAGAGUAUAAAUUUGUUACAUUUUCAUAUACUCCGUUGUUUACUUGACGUAAACGA